AUGACUCUAGGAUUGCAAGGGAUUCCUGGAGAACGUGGUCAGGACGGACCCCCUGGAUCUAUGGGUCCACCUGGACGAGAGGGGCCUAUGGGCAGUCCAGGACCACCAGGAGAGAGGGGUUUCCCUGGAAAGACAGGAGCAGUGGGACUGCAGGGCCCUGUUGGCAUGUAUGGUUUUCCAGGAAACGUGGGUAUGAGAGGAAGACUGGGCCACACUGGAAACAGAGGAGAUCCAGGUCUAAGAGGGCCUCCUGGACCAACUGGGAAGUCUGGACCACCAGGUCCCCCUGGUCCAGUAGGAGAAAAGGGCCCACCAGGACCCCAGGGCCGUCAAGGAGAUUCCGGGCAUCAGGGAACAGAUGGGCCAUGUGGUCCUCCAGGACUUCAGGGGGUCAGUGGGGUCAUUGGAAAACCAGGACCCCAUGGAAGUAUAGGACCCCCAGGGGACCCUGGGCCAAACGGGCCCCCAGGUAUUCCAGGUCCGCAGGGGGCAAAUGGACUGCCAGGUAUAGAUGGGGAGAAAGGAGAAAAGGGAAUGAUGGGCCCUUCUGGUGAUGACGGGCCUCUCGGACUGGAAGGGCCACAGGGUCCAUCUGGUCCGUCAGGUUUGGAGGGGCCUCCUGGAAGGAAAGGUGAUAAGGGGGACAGAGGUCCCUUUGGAAAACCUGGUCUUCAAGGACCAAAAGGAGACAUUGGCCCUCCAGGUGCUAAAGGUCUAAUGGGUACACCAGGCCCAGCAGGCAGUGAGGGCGAUGCUGGUCCAGUUGGAGUUGCUGGUGAUCCCGGCCCUAAAGGAGAAAAGGGUGAUAUAGGCCUGCGAGGAUUCACUGGUUUAGAGGGACCAUGGGGAGAAGUGGGGGAGCAGGGAGAGAGGGGGCUCAAGGGAGACAAGGGGCAAAUCGGACUGCAGGGUGAGUCAGGCCUCAUGGGUGGUGUUGGACCUCCUGGCCUAAAAGGUGUAGAGGGUGGACCAGGCCAUCCAGGAUUGGUGGGGCCAGAUGGACCUCCAGGAAGCAAGGGGGAGGUUGGGCCAAGUGGUUUUCCUGGUGAGCCAGGAGAUGCUGGACCUGAGGGAAUUGCAGGUCCCAAAGGCGUGCGAGGUGAUGCAGGAAAAGCCGGGACACAGUUAGGUGUUGGCUCAGUAGGUCCCCAAGGUCUUUUGGGCCCUAAAGGUCUCCCAGGGCCUGAAGGGGAGAAAGGAGACUCAGGAGAUAAAGGAGAACCAGGGGUGGAGGGGCCAAACGGCCUUCAAGGCAUUCAAGGACCACCAGGACUGCCUGGUUUGGAGGGUCUACAAGGUGAGGCAGGGGUACAUGGCUCACCAGGUCUGCCAGGAGCUCAGGGCCACAUGGGUAACCCAGGACCUGAAGGAAGAGAAGGCAUGAAAGGAGAGAAGGGAGAUCAAGGCAAGGAUGGAACACCUGGAAAAAUGGGUCACAUUGGACGGAGGAGUAAAAGAGGCAAGGCAGGGUUGAGGGGGACCAGAGGACCAAGAGGAGAAAAGGGAGAGAGGGGAGAUGUAGGAGAGAAAGGACUUCCUGGAUGGGGAGGAAGUAUGGGAAUCCAAGGGCUGAGAGGAGAGCCUGGGGAGCAAGGUGUCAAAGGAGCAGAGGGUGAGAAAGGAGAUCAAGGACCACUUGGUCCACCAGGGAAAGAUGGCUUGAAGGGAAGUAUGGGGCCUCUUGGUCCUCCUGGACCACCAGGACCAAAGGGGGAUCAGGGAAAUAUUGGUCCUGCUGGGCCUAGAGGGGCACCUGGAAUACCUGGACUACCGGGCUUGUUUGGAGACAAGGGACUUCAGGGAUUUCAGGGGAAUCCUGGACCUCCUGGAAGGAGGGGCUUGCCAGGUCCACCGGGGCCACCAGGGCCUGCUGGCGUUUCUGUGAACCUGACCCAGAUCAAGGACCUGAUGUACAGUUCAGACAAACCCAAUUACCCUCUGAUUCAGACACUGUUGGACUCUCUGUACCAUGACCUCCGGCUGCUGGUGGACCCUCCGGAUGGCAGCAAGCAGCACCCAGCAUCUACCUGUCUGGAGCUGUGGCUGUGCCAUCCCAACUACACCAGCGGAUUCUACUACAUUGACCCAAACCAAGGCAGUCCUUUAGAUGCUCUUUUGGCAUACUGUAACCUCUCAGAGUCAGGAGCAGAGACCUGCCUUCACCCCAGAGAUGCACACCUUCCCAUAAGCACUUGGCUGAAUGACUCAGGGAAUAACAGCAAGUUCUACUGGUUAAGUUCACUGGAGGGAGGUUUUAAAUUUGAGUAUCCAGCCCUCAGUGUGGUUCAGCUGCGGUUUCUACGGCUCCAGAGCAACAGAGCAGAACAGAGAGUGAUGUACUCCUGUUACCCUGGACACCGACUGGGCCAGACACAGCGACAGGUCCAGUUCCUCACAGACGCUAUAAAGCAGAGCUAUUUAGGAGAACUGCAGGAUUGUGUGUCUGCAAAGGAAGUGGAUCCCGGACCGCGCGAGUCCAUGUUUCAGUUUGAAGACAUGGACCUGCUUCCUUUACGUGAUAUAGGAAUGUUGGGCAACAGCAGCCACGAGUUUGGCUUCACCAUUGGCCCUGUGUGCUUCAGCUAGAGACACCCUGAAUGAUAACGGUACAUCCUGUGCAUUUAACCUUAAAUACAAGCACCAAAGAGAAGAAAACAGGACACUCUGAAGACACAUGCAGCAUCUACGGCUCGUGGUAAGGAAAUACGCUAAACAGAGUCCUGUCUAUCCCUGUGCUUCCAGACAAAUGGACAAUAUCCUUUUUUGUUUACAGGGACUUUUGGCUUUGUAAUUAAUGUACUAUUUUUAUAAUAAUUCUGUUUGUUUUAGCAAUGUUUUUUAAUCACUAGCUGGUCUUGUAAUAACAUUGUAGAAGAAGCUUGGAUCGUAUCAAGUGUAAUGACAGGGUUCUGACGUGACCACUAUGUGGUUGCAUGGUUUAAGUUUCAGCUGUUUACUAUUUAAUCAUGUACAAAUGGUUAUCAUGGAUUAACUGGUUAUUAUGCAUUAUUUAGGUGAGUGUAUGAAUGACACUUUUUCCCCUCUCGUUUAAGUGUCUAACUUGAAUUGUAGGACUGAUAGAAACAAAGCGUCCCAGUGAGGACACAGCUAACCUUCCCAUGAGGUUUGGAUAUCAGGAAGUCUGUGCUACCUUUCUGUUUUCUCUGUUCAUGUCAUGAUUUGGUUUCAGAAAUGGUCAUGUUACCUAAAUAUGUAUGUUAGAUGAUUUAUGGGUGCUAAUAUUUACAAUUCAGCAGUAACAGUUGUUUCAAAAAGAGAAGAAUAAUACAAACUGCAGCAAAGCUGGUUAAUAAAUGUGCAAGCAGUGAUCUGCAUUAUGAAUAUGAGACUGAAAGUCAGUACACAUGCAUAAAGUCAUAGAGACAAGUGUCCUUCAGUUCACAUUUAUUGUAUGUAGGUCUCAGGGAGCACUUACAAAUAUGACAUAAAUACAAAAAAAAAAACAAAACACAAAUGAUAUAGGUAAAAUAGGUUAAUAUGUUGAGAUUAAUCAAACAAAGCCAAAUACAAGUGUCGUUCAUCAUUAUCAUUUUAAAUCACAUUGAAUUUAGGCACAGGUGCUUUGUUUUGGAAAACUUUUUGUUCUAAAACAUUUUGUACUGUAUAUUGUGUUUUCUAUGUAUUUGUGGUGACAUCGAAAUCACAUGCUGGUCAUCUGUUUGAGCAUCAGCUAUAAA